AUUUAAAGCGAAGCCUUAUGGGUGUCAUCAUAUCUGACUUGACACUGUUAUAAAGCAGAGUGUCCUGUUACAGUUUGAAGGCUAAAAUUAGGGAGGCACCCCAACGGCAAAUGACGCAAGAAGUCUAAAGCGUCCCGUCUACUCGUCUCUCUGUGUGUCAAUGGUAUCAGGACUCAGGACCAUGGAAACCUUCCCUACAACUUCACUGUUGUUGAUGACAUGCAGGGUAUUUUUAGUCGUUGUUGUCAUCUCUCCAGUAACAGCAGCCAGGCGUUCAGUAUAAAGGCUCUCCUUCAAAAUGCAGCUGUACAACAGUGUGCUGACACACUACCCGAGGUCGUCUCGCAAAGUUACAAUAACUGUAUUGAGCGGAUCUGAGCGUUCCUCUGGUGCGCCUAAAGCAGGAUUUACGCACCAACAAGCAGCAGGCGCAACUCCUCCAGCGACCAACGGGGAUCCGGUGAGAGAGGCUGCUCCUUCUUCUUCUUCUUCUUCUUCCGCAAACAUGCCUGCCUUUUCGUGUUACGAAGCUACAUCCAGGAGGCCAGUUUACUUCACAUCCACUGCUGAGAUAUUAAUCCGCAGGCCUGAUGGAGUGGAGAGGUCUGUGCCUGUCCAUAUCAUGAGGAAGGACAAGACUAAACCUCCAUCUCCUGAGGAUGUGGAAAGUAUCCUCUGUGAUGAUGAGAUUGUGGACUUGAUAGAUCAUCUAAGAAAUGGCACAGAUGAGCUGUUUUCUGAUUGCCCACAGCUUGUUGGAAAUCACCGUUUCAACAGUAACAACAGCAACAAGAGGGUGGUUGGACAUUCAAGUGAGGAUGAAGCAGUUUCCCCACUCAGAAGCAAUGGAUGGGACUCAUUGCAUGAAGGGGAGCUGGUUCCUUCCAGAGCAGAUCAGCUUGAAGUAGACCUCAAAAAGGAAGAUUUUAGUGGCACAUCUGCUCCAGCAUCAGAUGAGAGAAGGGCCUUUGAGCUCAGCGUCCUGCAGGAGUCCCCCCAACAGAGGUGCCAAGAGAGAGAAGAGGUCAACAAUAAGGUCACCCGCUACCUGGCUGAGGUAGAGAAACAGAACAAGUACCUCCAGGAGAGGCACAAAUACAGGUACCACAUCAUUCCAGAUGGCAACUGUCUGUACAGAGCUGUGUGCAAAGCCACGUACGGGGACCAGGCAAGACAUGGGGAGCUGAGGGAGCAGACGGUGCACCACAUCGCCGACCACCUGGAGGAGUUCAACCCCAUCAUCGAAGGGGACGUGGGAGAGUUCCUGAUCAAUGCGGCCCAGGAUGGUGCCUGGGCCGGCUACCCGGAGCUUCUCGCCAUGAGCCAGAUGCUGAACGUCAACAUCCACCUGACGACAGGGGGGAGCCUGGAGAGCCCCACCGUGUCCACCAUGGUGCACUAUCUCGGGGACGAGGACGCCUCCAAAGCGGCAAUGUGGCUGAGUUGGCUGAGCAACGGCCACUACGACGUCCUCCUGGACAAGUGUCUCCCCAACCCGGAGCACGAAGACUGGUGCAGACACUCACAGAUGCAGAGGAAGCGAGACGAGGAACUGGCAAAGUCCAUGGCUGCAUCUUUAUCCAAAAUGUACAUUGAGCAAAAUGGAUCUGCGUGAAAAGAGCUACUGAAACAAGUAGACCACUGAUGGUUUCUAUACAUGCUUGAAAUUAUUUUUUUUAUAAGAUUUAUAUCAUGAGAGAAAGGAAGUGCAGUGCACAUACUUUGGGUUUUUCUAUAUGCCAAAUUAGUGGCAGUGGUUUGUGAAAGUGUUUGAAAGUGUUUUGAUAGUUUGGGUUAUGUUGACAUGAUUGUUACUGUACAUGGAAGUGCUUUUGAGUAUUUAUUUGCCUUUUACUGGCAGACCUGAUGUUUUUCUAUAAUGUCUGUGCUUUGUAGGCCAAUUACAGAGAAACUUGCCAUCUGUCGCUAGAGCUACUGUUUAAUAGCUGUACUCUCUUUUGCACAAAUCAGACAAGUCCAGAGAGUUUGUGUCUGUCUGUGAGAACAGUUCUUUUUUCUAUUAUUCCAGUUCUGUUUAGGCUUUUGACAGAAUAUUUCAAAAUAAAGUUUUGAAGAAAACCUGA